UAGUUCAUUUCUGGCCAACCACCGCCCAACCUUGCCAACGUUUGUUUCUUUUUGGUAUUUCCACACGUGCGCGCGCGAAGUGCCUAUCUCGGAUUCAUUGCCUUGAGGCUGAGUGUCAAGGCGUGGUGAUGGCAGACGCAACGUCAGUGAGAACGGUGGCAGAUAUCCAGCGCCUUGGUGAAGCCAAUAUGGAGGAAGGUGCAAGAGCCUCCGUUGCCAUUGGGGCAGGCGACGGACAGACCCUCGAGGAGAAUACCGUGGCCUUCAAGAGGUCUGGAACAAAGGAGCAGUAUGCCGAGCUGUGGCAGUUGAUGGGACAAGUGUCCGACAUGGCCCGUAAGGCCGGCUACGACCCUAGGAAAAAGCCGAGAAAAGAAAGUGGGACGAUGACAGUGCUGGGGAAGGCACCAGCGUCCGCUGCCGCCGAGCUACGUGUGGCACAGCAACUGAGGGAUGAUGUCGCCAACACUUCACUUUUGCCAUCGCAUGGAACUCAAGGAGAAAAUGGGCAGGAAAGUGGCGCACAUAACCCAGAGGAGAAUGUGUCAAAACCUCGAAGCCCAAAUUAUCAAUUCCUCGCUUCGUUAUAUGAAGAUAAUGGAUCAGAAGAUGAAAGCACUAUGGAGGAGUCUAAUGAUGCUGAGGCGCUAGGAGAAAGGCAACAAGUUCAACAGAGUCAACAAGUUCAGCAAAGGCAACAAGUUCAAUGCAGGGGACACUACGCUCGAGCUGCCCCAAGAGGAUUGGGAGCAGUGCAGACUCUAGGAAUAGAGCUUCUGUCAAAACGGAAGCGCUACGACUCUUUGCUGCGAAAUGAAGAACUCACCCUGGCAAAAAGGAGACUCAUUUAUGAGGAGAGGCGCCUCGAGCUUGAAGAACGAAAGCUCGAGCUCGAAGAACAAAAGUUCGAGCUCGAAAAAGAAAAACACAAGUAUGUAAUGGAGGGCAGAAAAGAAGAAAGGGAACGCCUGCUGGAACGUUUGGAAGGCCUUUUGGAAAGGCUAGAGAGGAAGACACCAUAAAAGCUCACAGAAAAGUCUUUUCGGUUAAUUUUGUGAAAUAAAAUGUGCACAAGCAUCCUUAUGUGCAGAAAAGUCUUUUCGAUU